AACAACACAAGCGCUUGUAGCGCUAGCUUCAUUCAUAUAUUGAAGUAGCUUUAGGAUGUUUUUAUAGUCGUAGCGUCGAUAAAUAUUAAAUUUCUCGUGAAGUAAUAAUGUCUUCAGUUGAGUAUUUGAGAGAGUUUGUCAAAGAGAGACUAACUGCUGCUGCUGAAGAAAUAUUCGGAGUUUUUAAAACAACUAUCGUCGAGUACGAGGAAGAGAUUGAUCGUUUGCGCAGACUUUUGGAUAUCGUUUGGAAACCUGAGCUAACAUUGCACAGCACAGAGCACCCACAGCAACAUGUCUAUAAGGAGGAGGAGGUUCUCACUGACCAAGAGAGGAGCUCCAGUCUGGACCAGGAGGACCCAGAGCCUCCACAGAUUAAAGAGGAAGAGGAGGAACUCUGCAUCAGUCAGGAGGGAGAGCAGCUUGAACUGAAGGAGGAGGCUGAUACCUUUAUGUUGACUCCUACUCAUGAGGAAAGUGACCACAGUGAAGAUCAGACUCUGGACUUAAAUCCUGAUGUCACUUUGAGUGCAUUAGAGAAAGAGUAUGUAGUCAACCUGCCAGUUAUAAGCUUUGUGGUAUCAGGAGCACACGGUGACCACCAGCUCCUCUCUCACAGCUCUCAUGUAGCUGAGAGCCAAGAUCAGACAAGAGGCAAGCACGGAGACUCAGGAUCAAGUCGAGAUGCGGAGCCAAAACCACACAAGAGAGAUCACAAAAGCAGCAUUCACAGUAACAUUACAGGCAACCCUGACUUCUCAGAGAUUCCCUGUAAUACUCACACAGAUAAACAGUCUUUCAAAUGUGACAUAUGUGAAAAAUAUUUCAAGUUUAAGUCACUGUUGCAGAGACACAUGAAAACCCACACAGGUGAGAAGCCGUAUUCUUGCAACAUAUGUGGGAAAGGAUUCAGUCGCACCUCGACACUGAACAUUCACAGAAGAAUCCACACAUUUGAGAAGCCAUAUUCUUGCAACACCUGUGGGAAACAGUUCAGUCAAAAAUCGGCGUUGAACACUCAUAUAAAAGGCCACACAGGUGAGAAGCCGUAUUUAUGCAACACCUGUGGGAAAGGGUUCAGUCAGACGUCAGCACUGAACAUUCACAUAAGAGGCCACACAGGUGAGAAGCCAUAUUUGUGCGUGACAUGUGGGAAAGCUUUCAGACGUAACGACGAAUUGAAACUCCACAUGAGAAUCCACACGGGUGAGAAGCCGUUUACUUGCAACACAUGUGGGAGCGCUUUCAGAGUUAGUCGUGACUUGUUGGUCCACAUUAGAAGAGCCCACACUGGGGAGAAGCCGCAUCUUUGCAAGAUCUGUGGGAAAACGUACUUUGAUGUGUCUCAGUUGACAAGGCAUAUAAGAUCACACACAGGCAUGUAGACUCGUGCAUGCCAGGUAUGUGCGAGACGAUUUAGUUCUAGUGGUUCUCAUAGAAGCAACAAGCCACACAAUUGUAGCACUUUUGGGAAACGUUUUACUCCAGUCACAUUCUUGAAAAGAAAAAAAAAGAGAGACCAAUAUACACAGGAGAAACCAUACAGAUGAAACUCGCGCAGAGACGUGUUCACCAACGGAAUUAAAUACAGUUUUGUAUAGGGAUGCACAAUUUAUCUGGCUGAUAAUGGGAAAUUUAUAUUAUUAUUUAUUAUUCAAAUUAUUUAUUAAUCAAAUUGUAACUGAGAAAUAGAGCCGAUAAUACAAAGCCAUAUUGCUUUCAUUGACCGCACUUAGAGAACACAAAGAAGAAGAAGACGAAGAGCAAGCUCAGCAUGCUGACUAAAGAGCCAAACAUGUUGUCACCAGUUUGGACGUUUCUCACAGUUUUAGAGGAAGAUAACGCAGUUGUGUCGGGGGUGUCAUUCCUUUCUGUUGCUACGGUUACACUGGUUAAAUGCAGCGCUGAAGGACUGUCCCCAGAGCCACAGCCAUCAGCACGCCUGGGGACCCGCACACAAUGCACCAAACCCUGAUCUCUGUCCCUGUGGGUGGUGGGCCCACAGGGCAUCUGAUCAGGAUGCCUCCUGGGUGCCUCACUGGAGGUGUUUUGGGGCACGUCCCACUGGUAGGAGGCCCCAGGGUAGACCCAGAACCCGCUGGAGGGAUUACAUAUCUCAUCUGGCCUGAUGAGUGAAUGAAUGUAUGUUAAACACAAGCCUUUAUUUUUGGAUUAAGGGAUGCACUUACUUCAACUGUGUAUAACACGUUGAUACAUCUAAUGUGACAAAUGUUAUGUCAAAGCAUUAAACUGAAAUCUUAGGUAAAACACUCUAUAAAAAGCAAAUUAUGUUUGAAGUUUUUUGAUGUGCACUUAAAAAGAACAGCUGAAGAGUCAGAACUGUUUUUUAUUUUUGUUGUGUAAAUAUUAUUGACCUCAGUUAGAUUUGGUUUGAGCGAUGUAAUAUUAAAUCUUUCACCUCUGCUCACUACAUCUUUGCCCUUUCCACCCCCAAGUGUGUAUAAAAUACAGGCUAUGGACUUCCUUUGAAAUAUAGAAACGUGAAAUUAUCGGUUAUCUUAUUGGUAUUGGCCAAAAGAAGAAGGCAGUUAUUGGGAAAAAAUCCAUAUUGUGCAUCUCUACUUUUGUAGUAGCUACAGCUCUGUCACUGAGUGUACAUUUUUACAAUAAAGUUGAGAUGUCAGUA